UGAAGAGGGCCAGACCACAUAGAGAAGUCAGUCAUUACCUGUCAAGAACAUUAUACCAACGUUGUCUUCGGUAGCGAGAUAUAUUUACAUUUUCUUCUCUGUCCAAAAUCUUCCACACCAACCCAUUUUCUUGGAUUCUUUUUAAAAUUCCCAAGCCUGAAUCUUUACUCCAUUUUCAUGAUCGUCUACGUAACUUUUCCUUGAGUAUCAUCAUAUAGCAUCUUGUAGAUUCAGGGCAGGUACUCUAAGCCUCUUGAGUAACCCUUUUCCUUGGUUUCUUUUGUGGAUCUUUGCGUUCCAUUCUCACCAACUUUCUUGAAUGUCAUAGCGUUUUUAUCAAUAUUCGUCCAAGCUUUUUGAAUAGUUAAGGAAGUUUGUGACUGAAGAAAUUAACCUUUUUGUGAUGAAAUGGUUUUGGUAAAUUUGGCCCCAGAAAACGUUGGGGAGUGAAUGAUAUAUCAUAUAUGCACAUAGAUCAGUUGUAAUAUAUCCUCUAAGAGUGGUUAAAAGGGUGUUUGGAAUUGGAGAACAUGGAGCAGAAGCACAUUUUGUUGUCGGCUUUGAGCGUUGGGGUCGGCCUUGGGGUGGGGCUGGGAUUGAGUUCCGGACAGACAGUGAGCAAAUGGGUAGGCGGGAAUUGGUCAUUGGAUGAGAUUUCAGCGGAGCAGAUUGAGCAGGAGCUUAUGAGGCAGGUGGUGGAUGGGAAGGAUAGCGAAGUCACAUUCGACGAGUUUCCUUAUUACAUAAGUGAGAGAACUCGGGUGUUAUUGACGAGUGCUGCAUAUGUUCAUUUAAAGCAUGCUGAUUUUUCCAAGCACACACGGAACCUUCCACCGGCAAGUAGGGCUAUUUUGCUCUCCGGACAUGCCGAACUUUACCAGCAAAUGCUCGCUAAGGCUUUAGCACACCGCUUUGAGUCAAAGUUGCUGCUGCUUGAUGUCAGUGACUUUUCUCUGAAGAUGCAGAGCAAAUAUGGUUGUGCUAAAAAAGAAUCUUCUUUCAAGAGGUCCAUUUCAGAAGUAACAUUGGGGCGAAUGUCCAGUUUGUUUGGUUCCUUUUCAAGCCUUCCUCCAAGUGGGGAAACUAGAGGGACAUUGCAUCGGCAAAGCAGUGCUAUGGAUGUCAAAUCAAGGGCUAUUGAAGGUUCUAGCAAUCCUUCAAAACUUCGGAGGAAUGCUUCAGCUAUGUCUGAUAUGAGUAGCAUCAGUUCUCAAUGUGCUCCCAUAAAUCCAGCUCCACUCAAGCGCUCGAGCAGCUGGUGCUUUGAUGAGAAGCUUUUUCUACAGUCACUUUACAAGGUCUUGGUUUCAAUAUCAGAAACUGGUUCCAUUAUUUUAUACCUCAGGGACGUUGGACAGCUUCUCCUCCAAUCACAAAGAUUAUACAAUUUGUUCAACAAAUUGUUAAAGAAACUCUCGGGUUCAGUGCUGAUACUUGGUUCCCGGAUGUUGGACCCAGAAGAUGAUUGCAGAGAAGUGGAUGAGAGGCUCACUCUUUUGUUCCCAUACAAUAUUGAGAUCACACCACCUGAAGAUGAGACUCAUCUUGUCAGCUGGAAAGCCCAACUGGAAGAGGACAUGAAGAUGAUCCAGUUUCAAGAUAACAAAAACCACAUUGCCGAGGUACUAGCAGCAAAUGAUCUUGAAUGCGACGAUUUGGGCUCAAUCUGCCAUGCUGAUACAAUGGUUCUCUGUACCUACAUAGAAGAAAUUGUGGUAUCAGCAAUAUCUUAUCAUUUGAUGAAAAACAAGGAUCCAGAAUACCGAAAUGGAAAGCUUGUUAUAUCAUCUCAGAGCUUGUCCCAUGGAGUGAGUGUAUUCCAGGAAGGUAAAAGUGGUGGGAAAGAUACUCUCAAAAUGGAGACUAAUGCUGAAUCUUCGAAGGAAACUGAAGUGGAAGAGGCUGUUGAUGCAAAGACUGAGUCGAAGUCUGAAACCCCUGUACCUGAAAACAAAAGUGAGACAGAGAAAUCUGUCCCUGCAAUGAAGAAGGAUGGCGAGAAUGCACCACCACCAAAGACUGAAUUUCCUCCUGACAAUGAGUUUGAGAAGCGCAUGAGGCCAGAGGUUAUCCCUGCCAAUGAAAUUGGAGUGACAUUUGCAGAUAUUGGUGCCUUGGAUGAUAUUAAGGAAUCACUUCAGGAGCUGGUCAUGCUCCCUCUUCGAAGACCAGACCUUUUCAAAGGAGGCCUCCUCAAGCCUUGCAGAGGUAUAUUGCUUUUUGGGCCUCCUGGUACUGGAAAAACAAUGUUGGCAAAAGCUAUUGCUAAUGAAGCUGGAGCAAGUUUCAUCAAUGUCUCAAUGUCCACCAUCACUUCAAAAUGGUUUGGGGAGGAUGAAAAGAACGUCCGAGCUCUGUUCACACUUGCAGCAAAGGUCUCCCCAACAAUCAUUUUUGUAGAUGAGGUUGAUAGCAUGCUUGGGCAGCGGACUAGAGUUGGGGAGCAUGAGGCCAUGCGUAAGAUUAAAAAUGAGUUCAUGACACACUGGGAUGGGCUGUUAACAAAACCUGGCGAACAGAUCCUUGUUCUUGCCGCGACCAACAGGCCAUUUGACCUUGAUGAAGCAAUUAUUAGGCGGUUUGAGCGAAGAGUUAUGGUUGGUCUUCCAUCCAUUGCAAGCAGGGAAAUGAUCUUGAGAACUCUUCUGGCAAAAGAAAAAGUUGAAAAUCUUAACUAUAAGGAGCUUGCAACCAUGACAGAAGGAUAUAGUGGAAGCGAUCUAAAGAAUUUGUGCGUAACAGCAGCUUAUCGACCUGUUAGGGAGCUAUUACAACAGGAGAGAUUGAAGGAUGUGGAGAAAAAACUUAAAGAUGAAGAGGGCAAGAGUUCAGAGGCUACUUCUUCAGAGACAAAAGAAGAAGACAAAGAGGACCAAGUAAUUACCUUGAGGCCUUUAAACAUGGAAGAUUUGAGGCAGGCAAAGACUCAGGUUGCGGCAAGUUUUGCUGAGGAGGGAUCAAUUAUGGGCGAGCUGAAGCACUGGAAUGAUUUGUAUGGGGAAGGAGGUUCGAGGAAGAAGAAACAACUAACUUACUUCCUAUAGAUUGUAGAGGGCAGGUAUCUCAUCUAGCUCAUCAGUGCCAUUCUUUGUGAAAGGAUGUAUACGUUAGGAGAAGCUGGAAAGCCCUUCACCUGGAAUUCAAUGUCGAAUGGGAUGUUCUAGUGCCACAUCCUCAAAGACAGAUGUCCUGAAAAUCCCAGGACAGUUUAUUCAGAGUGCAUUUUGUACAUCAUGUUUAAGAGAGAGGGUUCUCAUUAUCUGUAACGCCAUUCCAUAAAUCAAGUAGCACCAAUCUUUAAUCCUAUUCUGUGAAUGUGUGGUGUUUGGAAAUGCAUAUAGGUUUGCAGAAUGUGAGAGGAACUUGUAUUUAAAUUGUUUUAUAUGCUGUACCCUACAGACUACAUCCUCAUACAGUAGAAUUUGUAUAUUUGUUAUGUAAACUUUGAUUAGUAAAGUACUUCUUAGUUGUUA